UGGACAGCCUCGUGGGAAAUCUCUACACAGACCUCACGAUGAAUUCCUCAAUCAAAGAGCGUACUUUGACACCUCCAUUUGAGCAACCUGGAAAACGUCUACGGCCAAGCUUUGAUGACCUUCCGCUGAGAGAGGGCGACCCAAAGGGUUCAGCAUGGGGCUUAUGGGGGGAUGAAGAUGAAAUCGGCACACUGAAUCUGAUUACGCCAGAGGCAAUCGCGCGGGCUACGCAAGAAGCGUGCAGGGGCGUCGUCGUACCUCUGAGUCUGCCCUUGGAAGAGCCAGUUCUUCCCAUGAAUCCGCGGAGAACUCCAUGCUCGCACCGAAUCAAUGCCAAGGGAUACGCCAACGACGAUGAGAUUCAUCUCAACACUCAGAGCUCAAGCCACUGGGAUGGAUUGAGGCAUUACCCCUACCAGAUCGAGCAACAACGGAGAUUUUAUAACGGGGUCACCCAAGAUGACAUAUCUGGACCGGAGAGUAACCCCAAAAUUGGGAUACAGAACCUCGCUCGUCGGGGCAUCGUUGGGCGAGGAGUUUUGCUCGACUGGAGAGAAUAUGCAAAGCAGAAAGGAAUCAAAUAUUCGCCCUUUGAGACCCACGCCAUACCGCUCCAGGAGCUACUCGACGUGGCCCGGUCACAGAAUGUCUCGUUCUGUCCUGGAGAUGUACUACUGAUCAGGACCGGCUGGACAGAAGAAUAUCGCAGAUUGAGCGGCGAGGCCAAGUUACAACUCGCAACGAGGGAGGUGAGAAGUUUUGUGGGUGUCGAGGCAAGCGAAGAAAUGUUCAGGUGGCACUGGGAUUCCCAAUUUGCCGCCGUGGCUAGCGACACAAACGCCUACGAGAGCUGGCCGCCGACCAAACCCUGGGGCGUUUCUUGUCAUGAAGUGCUGCUCAGCGGAUGGGGAAUGCCCAUCGGUGAAGUCUGGGACCUGGAAAAGUUGUCUGGGACUUGUCGUGCCCUUGGGAAGUGGACGUUUCUGAUCACAAGCUCGCCGCUGAAUCUCAACGGAGGUGUGGCCAGCCCCAGCAAUGCACUGGCCAUCUUUUGA